ACACACACACACGCGCGCGCGCGGAUGACAGGUCAGGUGAUGGUCACAUGGUUCGGUCAGCUGAUGCUAACGCUAACUACCGGACUCUGACGGUUCUCCACCAGCGGCAGAGAGAGACGGAUCUGACGGUCAGACAGGAUGCCUUUCUCCGAGCUAUAUUUUAACGUGGACAACGGCUACCUGGAGGGGCUAGUCCGAGGAUUUAAAGCUGGCAUACUGUCCCAGGCGGAUUAUCUAAACCUUGUUCAGUGUGAGACCCUGGAAGAUCUGAAGCUGCACCUGCAGAGCACAGACUAUGGCAGCUUCCUGGCGAACGAGGCGUCUCCUCUCACCGUGUCCGUUAUCGAUGACAAGCUGAAGGAGAAGAUGGUGGUGGAGUUUCGCCACAUGAGGAACCAGUCGUACGAGCCGCUGGCCAGCUUCAUGGACUUCAUCACGUACAGCUAUAUGAUUGAUAACGUCAUCCUGCUGAUCACGGGCACCCUCCACCAGCGGGCCAUCUCUGAGCUGGUGCCAAAGUGUCACCCGCUGGGCAGCUUCGAGCAGAUGGAGGCGGUCAACAUCGCUCAGACCCCCGCCGAGCUCUACAACGCCAUCCUGGUGGACACGCCCCUGGCUGCUUUCUUCCAGGACUGCAUAUCUGAACAGGAUUUGGAUGAGAUGAACAUUGAAAUAAUUCGUAACACACUUUACAAGGCUUACCUGGAGGCUUUCUAUAAGUUCUGCUCCAACCUCGGAGGAACCACGGCUGACACCAUGUGUCCUAUUCUGGAGUUCGAGGCCGACAGGAGAGCCUUCAUCAUCACCAUCAACUCGUUCGGCACGGAGCUGUCCAAGGAGGACCGCGCCAAGCUCUUCCCCCACUGCGGCAAGCUUUACCCAGAAGGCCUUGCUCAGCUGGCCCGGGCAGAUGACUACGAGCAGGUCAAGGCCAUCGCUGAUUUCUACCCUGAGUACAAGCUGCUGUUCGAGGGCGCCGGCAGCAACCCAGGCGACAAAACACUGGAGGACCGUUUCUUCGAGCACGAGGUGAAGCUGAACAAGCUGGCCUUCCUUAACCAGUUCCACUUCAGUGUCUUCUACGCCUACGUCAAGCUGAAGGAGCAGGAGUGCAGGAACAUCGUGUGGAUCGCCGAGUGCAUCGCACAGCGGCACCGCGCCAAGAUCGACAACUACAUUCCUAUCUUUUGAGCCUCCUCUUCCUCCUCCUCCUCCGUCCCCCCCCCCAUCCUCAUGUCAUUCAGUCUUAUGUCUUGAGCAGUGUCUCCAGUCCCACCUCGGUGUUAAAUAUUCUGAUGGUUUGAUGCUAAAUUUUCUACAUUCUCCACGCGCAGGUGUUGCAAUUGAAAUGCCCAGCCCGGCUCGUUAUUGCUUACAGAGUAAAACGCAUAUUUAACCUUGAAAAAGCCGGAAAAGAACGACAUGGGCCUGGUGGUUGGUGCUUGCUUUAAUCAGCUCAGCAGAAGAGGAGCCAACUCAUUUGACUUCCAAACACUGAGCUCUGAUUGUCCAAACUUUCGCUGCUCAGUUGUGUUGUUGUUUUUUGCAGCAUGCAAAGCCGACGUGUCCACCUGACACAUCGACCGACAAAACACACCAGAAGAAGAAUUUGCAAUUUACUCAGUCCAGGAAUUAACACGCCAGCCACCAGAACUGAAAACCCUCGGUUUUUAUUUUCCCUUGAACUCCCAGCCCGUCAAACACCAAGCAUCUUGUUGAGGUCGCGGUAAUCAUCAGGCGCAUUUAAUGCCUAUAGGUGCGGUGUAUGGUACAUUUUGGAUUUGUCACCAAAAAACUAGAAAAAGAAAAGUUAAAACGUCACAAAUCUGAAGUUAACACGACCGCAGAACCCCAACCAGUCAUGGAAACAUUCCUCUGCUCAGCGACAGGUCCACCAGGUUCUAUAAAACCUGUAUUUAUUUCUGUUUUAGUGCUAGGUUUUGUUGGCAUGUCUGGUCAUUACUGUGUUCCCCCCCCAAAAAAAAAAAACGAGUGAAGUGUGUGAGCCCCUGCCUGAUUUGCUGUCUUAACUAGAUCGUUGUUAGGUAUUUAAAAUACAACAGCUGAACAGGAGCUUCCAGUCCUCGCCGUCCCCGUUCCCGUGUGAACUCUUUGAGUUUCUGUAAAUGAUCGAAAGUGAGGCGACAUCUUGUGAGUAUAUGACAGACUUAAUGUUUAAACUAUACAAAGAUAUAUAGAUAUUUAAAGAUAACUGGAUGAUUUGUUUGUUUUUUUCCAUGCUGUAAAAAAAAUGAUUUAUUUCUGUUUUGAUCUGUUUCUUACUUGUGAAAUGUGUACUGUAAAUGUGACAAAAAAUAAACAAGACUACACUGCACUAACACAGAUCCGGAGACAUUUUAAAGACCUAUCAAACGGCUUUGAAAUAAUAUCACUAGUUUGAUGUGUUAGUGACAGAUGUAGGAAAUGAA